AUGCGUUUGACGGAGUCCGUCAUUGCGGUCUGGGCGUGUCUGGCCCAAGUCCAAAUUGCCGAAGCAGCACUGGCCUUCACGCAGUGGCCCACGGCCAUAUACACUGGCGUCCCCACCACUCUGAAAUGGGAGACUGAUUCUGACGCGCCCGUUAAAGUCACGCUGCGUAAAGGUGCGGCUCAAGACCUGGACACCGUCAAGGUCUUGACUGCGGAAGCACGCGACGGCUCCUUCACCUGGACCCCUGACGACACGGUGGAAGAUGGUGACGACUACGCCUUCCAGAUCCAGCAAGAUGGCCAAGUGAACUACACGGGGCUCUUGAAAGUCUCGAACCCCAACCCACCCGCGAGCACGACUUCGGCCACCACCGCGAUCUCUUCCACGACAGCGCCUUUGCCCAGCUCAAGUUCAGUCACGACUACGCAAGACGCCUCGCCGACCCAAACCCAGACCACCCCGAGUCCCACGCCCACUGACACCGCUCCUCGGGACGAGACGGACAGCGUUACUGCAGGAACCACUGGAUUGAACGUCACGGAUACGGAUGAGAGCACCUCCCCAUCGAGCCGCCAGUCCAACAUGACCUCCGGCAAGAGUGCCCUUGCCGCCGCGAUGGAGAGCGGCGGCGCGUCCUUCCGCCUGGUCUCCGCCGACCUGCUCCUUGGCGCCGUGGCUAUGGUUUUCUACCUGGCUUAUUGA